AAUGUUGGGUAGACGUUUACUAAGUUUACUCUAACACUAUGGGAAUUUAGUUUAGGGUCUUGGUGGGAGAAUGCAAAAUGGCUAAGCGGUAAAAUGCGAGAAGAAAAUGCAACAUACCUGCAGAACUCUGCAGAACAUUGAAUUACAGAAAAAUAAAAUAGCGAGACAGAUUUUUUUUGAUUGUACUGUACAUUUCAAGUAAACAUGCCUAAUGUGUCACAUCUUUCAAGACUGUGGAAUGUUCUGUCCUGUCCCAAAUUUACUCCUACAUCAUGGAGAGUGCUGAAAAGUGUGCAUGCAGCUCAGAAUACAGCAGCAACUUUUUCAUCCUCACCACUUAUUUUAAAUAAGGAAAAGUCAACUGAGAAGACUGUAGAUUUAAACACAAAUCCCUUCUUUGAUAAGUACAAAGCUAAGAUUCAACACAUGCAAAAUACAAGCCCUGAAGAAUAUGAGCAGAAGUUGCAAUCUUUGGCUGAAAGUUUAAAUCCAAAGCUUAAAAAAGCAAAAGAAAAAUCUUCACCCCAAGCCCCAACAGUUGUGCCACCAACAGAGACAGCUCAAGCUGGAGCAGGAAUGACAAAAAAAGAGGGCUUAAAUUCUGUCAUGAAAUUAGAAUUGAUUCAAGAUAAAACAGCAGAGGAGAUAACUCAGAUCUGGACUCAAUACCACAGUGGAAAAGAUUGUGUCUAUGCAGUGCUGAAGGCUGAUGAAUAUAAAAAUUUAAUGGAAAAGUCAAAAGAAUGUCCAGUAUUUGUGUAUUCAAUCCCUCGAGAUGAUGGUUUUGAGUUUAUCUUGUCGCAGUUUGACAGGCGGGAUGUUUAUUUCACACCUUUAGCAAUGUUUCAGCUUGUUCGAGAAAAUGCUCCACCUUGUUUAACACUGAAUCAUUACACCGAGCUCUUGGAUGAAAAAGGGAUUGUGUUGAUGACUGGACAAUAUGACCCUAAAGUAUUGAAACAAAAUCUUGCUCUUAGCUUGGUACAGCAAAUGAGUAUUUUUUAUGGGAAAAAUUCUAAAUUUUAUGAUAUUGUACAUAGGUUUAAUUAUCAGCCAGAGAAGUUUCAGUAUCAAGAAAUUGUUGAUGCUUUAAAAAGUUUACCUCAGUAUGAUAUGAAAUAAAAUUUAUAAUA